CAAGGCCGAACGACGUCAAUAAGCCAGAAUGCUGCCCCCGCUGGUAUAAAAGAGCCGAAGAGAUCUUUGAACGUCGUCACGCUUCCUGAGGUGUCCUGCAGAUCCUCCACGGCUGACAAGAGAACACUUCCAGCAGCUUCCAUGGCAAAGGUGUUCAAGAAGACCAGCGGCAAUGGGGGGCUCACUCUCUACUUGGGGAAACGAGACUACGUGGACCACAUAACCAGCGUGGAGCAAGUUGAUGGCGUGGUCAAGCUGGACCCGACAAACUUUGGAGACCGAAAAGUGUUCGUACAGGUGGCGUGCGCCUUCCGUUAUGGCAGCGAAGACCUGGAUGUCAUGGGCCUGUGCUUCAGGAAGGACAUCUGGAUCCGGCACGUCCAGAUCUACCCAGAAGACCACAAGCCCACGCUCACUGCCAUGCACGACACCCUGAUGAAGAAGGCGGGCGACAACUCGUAUCCUUUCAGUUUCGAAAUUGCCAACAACCUUCCAUGUUCAGUGUCCCUGCAGCCAGGACCAGACGACAAGGGCAAGGCUUGUGGCGUGGACUUCGAAGUGAAGACGUUCCUGGCCAUGGAAAAGUGUAACCCUGAUGAGAAGAUAGAGAAAAAGGACACGGCUCGCCUCAUCAUCCGUAAAAUCCAGUACGCCCCCUCUCAGGUGGGCGCCGGGCCCAAGGCGGACAUCUGCAAAAGCUUCAUGAUGUCAGAAAAGCCGGUCCACCUGGAGGCGUCCCUGGAGAAAGACCUCUACUUCCACGGAGAGUCCAUCCCCAUUAAGAUCAAGGUGAACAACGAGAGCAACAAAACGAUGAAGAAGAUCAAGAUCUCAGUGGACCAAGCCACCGACAUCAUCCUCUACUCGGCCGACAAAUACACCAAGUGUGUCUACACCAAAGAGUUUAACGAGACCAUUGAGCCCAGUGGAACCUUGGAGAACACGCUCACCAUUGUCCCACUGCUGUCGGACAACAAGGAGAAGAGGGGGCUGGCGCUGGAUGGACGCCUCAAGGACGAGGACACCAACCUGGCAUCCACCACCAUGCUAACUGAAGGCACGGAGAAGGAAGUGCUGGGGAUUCUGGUGUCCUACAAGAUCAAGAUCAACCUGAUGGUGGCUGGAGGAGGCCUGCUGGGGGGUCUCACUGCCAGUGAUGUCACCGCUGAGAUACCGCUGAUGCUCAUGCACCCCAAACCUGAAGAGUAAAGGCUGCGCAUCCAUAGAGGACAUCAGCCUGGAUGUGGACAGCACAAAGACACAGGAAGAGCAGGACGCCACAGAGAAGAAGUGAGACGUCAAGAGAGGAAGUGGCCCGUCAUCUUCAGUGCAGACACACACACACACACAGCAGCUCCGCUUUGUGUAGUUUAGCUGGUGUCAAUUAGUCGUAGGGGGAAGUUGUGUGUCCCUAUUAUUUUGACAUGCUGUGUUUUCUGUCUGGUGUCGUGAAACAAUUAAACAUUUAAAAAUGUCA